AUGGCGAGGAGCGCGACGGUGAUGUUCCUCGCGGCGGCGCUCGCGGUCCUCCUGCUGGCGGCGUCGUCGUCGGCCCCCGUGGCCAGCGCCGCGCGGGACGACCCGGCGGCGCCGGCCGUCUCUUCUCAUGACCAGAGGCAGGGAUCGGCGGCGGAAGGCGCGGGGUGCGAGGGCGCCAACGACGAGGAUGAGUGCAUGAUGAGGCGCACGCUGGCCGCGCACACCGACUACAUCUACACCCAGCAGCACCACAACUGA